AUGUAUCAUCAUCAUGUUUUUUUCCGUCCUGAAAAAACAAACGUUCUAUCGUCGUCAUCAUCAUUAAACGAAACAAAUAAUAAUGAAAAUAAUUCUACAAUUAAAAAUCUUGUUUUCAAAUCACUUUCAAAACAGCCACAUCUUAAACAAACUAUGAAAGAACGUGGUAUUCUUGGAGAAGUUGGAAAUAGAACAACAGCAACAAUUACAAAUAAAUUAACAACGCUUUCGAUUAACAAAAAACCAAUAUCACCACAAAGGGCAUCGUCGUUAGCAAAAGAAAAUUUACCAGCAAAAGAUGCUAUGAGAGUCAUCAUCGUUGAAGAAGCAGAAGAACAACAACAUGAAAUAGAACAAAAUGAUUUAGAACAACAAGAUAAUAUAGAAGAAGAAAUAAUAGUAGAAACAACUAAAGUAACUGAUGUUCCACUUCAGUAUGAUUGCGAUAGUAGUGAUUCAAAAGUUUUGGAUACAGUGUAUGAAUAUAUUUAUGAUAUUUGUAAAUAUUGGAGAGAAUUAGAACAAAAAAUGCCAAUUAAACCAAAUUAUUUACAAGAAAGAAAAGGUACAGUAACAGCUAAUAGUCGUGCAAUAUUGAUCGAUUGGUUAUAUCAAGUACAUGAUCGUUUUAAAUUAUUAUCCGAUACGUUUUAUACAACUGUACAAAUUAUUGAUAGAUAUUUAGAAGCUGUCGAUGUACAAAAACGUGAUUUACAACUAAUCGGUUCAACAGCAUUAUUUAUGGCGUGUAAAUAUGAAGAAAUGCGCAUACCAGAAAUGAAUGAUUUAGUUUAUGUAUCAGAUAAUGCAUUUACUAAAGACGAUAUGAAAGAAAUGGAGCGUGAUAUAUUUGAUCAAUUAAAUUAUAAUUUAGGUCGACCAUUGGCCAUUAAUUUCUUACGGCGUUAUUCAAAAAUUGGUCAAGCAAGUGAUAUUGAACAUACAUUGGGUAAAUAUUUGUUAGAAUUAACCUUUACCGAUAUGUCGUUAGUUCAUUAUUCACCAUCGUAUGUGGCAGCCUGUGCAUCAUUUCUCUCACGUUAUUUAAUUUUGUUACAACAACAACAAAAAAGAGGCACAACAAUAACAUCACAAAUAAUUAAAAAAUUAAUUGAAUAUAUUUGGCCUACAGAGUUUUUUAUCUAUCAUACAUCAUAUUCGUUUGAACAAUUAAAAUCUGGUAUUGAACUGUUAGGUCAAUUAUUGAUACAAAAUGAUGAUAGUUUAAGUAAAUUAAAAAGUGUUAAACGAAAAUAUUCACAAGCAUGUCUAUUCAAUAUAGCAAUAAAUGACUGUUGUAAAGCUGUCUAUAUACAAUUGGCAUUAAAUCGAUUAUUCAAAGAAUAA